CACAGAGAGUCUUCCAAACAUUAACCAGGUGCUUUUUCCUCUCACAUUUCCCUCUCGUUUUUCUUCCUCCAAGCAACGCAGCAAAGGCUCCUUUUGGCGUCCCGGGGAAACAAACUAACUUUACCGGAGCGAUGCGGGACCCGAACACCAGCAUCUCUUCGGAUCUACUCCCUUAAAAUCCCACCCAUGGCCACCGCCUGGCCACCGCAACGUAUAGCUCUUUAAAAGAGGAGGAAAUCGCCGACAUCACGGGACGGAGGUUUGAUCCAACGACGCGCCGAAGACGAGACGCUCGUCUGUGAUCCAGAUGGCGGGACACGAGUGGGAUGACUGGUUUGAACGGGAGGAACUGAUCGGUCAGAUCAGCGACAUGCGAGUGCAGAAUCUGCAAGUUGAGAGGGAGGUGGUGCAGAAGAGAACGUUCACCAGAUGGAUGAAUCUACAUCUAGAGAAGUGCAACCCCCCUUUGGAGGUACGUGAUCUGUUUCGUGAUAUCCAAGACGGAAAGCUUCUGAUGGCUCUACUUGAAGAGCUCUCGGGAUGCAAACUGCUGCAUGGGUUUAAGCCAUCCUCGCAUCGUAUUUUCAGGCUCAAUAACAUCGCCAAGGUGUUGACAUUUCUGGAAGAAAGAAACGUGAAGUUAGUGAGCAUCGAUGCAGCCGAUGUUGCAGAUGGAAAUCCGUCCAUAGUGCUUGGGCUUAUAUGGAAUAUCAUUCUCUUUUUCCAGAUCAAGGAACUCACAGGGAACAUCAAGAGUCAGUUCCCGUCUUCCUCCAGCCUAUCCUCCAUCCCCACCAGCUCCGAUUCUGACACUUCCCACUCCAGCACUCCAUCGGAUGAGAGGAAGCCCGCAGUCGCUCCGAGGGGCCACGGGAGGGCCAUCAAGAAGCUUCUACAGUGGGUCCAGAGACGUACCAGAAAAUAUGGAGUUGCUGUACAGGACUUUGGAAAGAGCUGGGCAAGUGGUCUGGCUUUUCUCGCUGUGAUCAAAUCCAUCGACCCCAGUCUGGUGGAUAUGAGACGGGCUCUGCUCAGAACGCCCAGAGAGAACAUCGAGGAGGCUUUCAGAACAGCACAUUAUAGUCUGGGCAUCCCAAGACUUUUGGAAACUGAGGAUGUUUUGCUAAAUCGUCCGGAUGAACAAUCUAUAAUGACCUACGUGUCCCAGUUUUUGGAACACUUUCCUGGAAUUGAAGAGGAUGAGACAUCAGAUAUUCUGGAAAGAAGUAAAACUGACGCUCGUUCGAGCAAUUAUCCUGUACGGAACGGCGUACAGAGGAAACGUGAAUCUUACACAGUUAAGAAAGACUUGGUUCAACCGCCACCCAAGAUCUUCGUCUCCUCUGUGUCGGAAGAUCGAGAGCAGAUCAACUCUCCUGUCCUCUCAAAGGCCCCUGACGAAAAACCGUGGUCAAAUGAAUCCUCAUCUAUAAGUUCAAGCCCCAGUCCUGCAAAAGACAAGCCGCUUUAUGGCCCUCUGGACUUGAACAAAGAAACCCCACAAACUUCGAUCUCGGACUCUGCGGUGAACUCGCCAGACUCGUGGAGUGAGAAUACAACAAACAAUACAAUACAAGAGGAAACUCAACCAGUCAGAGACGACUCCAUAAAUGAGAGCAGUGUGACCGGCGAGAAGUUUUCUACCACCGAUGAAGGGACGUCAGAUCUUGGGUCACCAUUUUCGCCAGAGAGCACGCCGGAGAACCAUCUUUUCAUAGACGAGGGGAAUUAUUCCCUCAGCUCCGUAGAUAGUUUUCAUGGCAAAUCCACACAGUUGACGGAGGAGGAGGAUGCUUAUAAAUAUAUCCUUGAUCUUAAAGAAGAGGAACCUGCUGAUAGUUUGCAGAGGAACGAGACGGAUGCAGUAAGCUUAGAACGAACGCGAACCGAUUCUAUGGAAUACAAGGAAUCCGUCAAGCCAUCCGAAGAACCUUCUUAUAUUCAAAGUGACUCGGGAUACUUUCAGGAUCACAAGGAAACCAAACCAGCUCAACCUGAGGAUUCUGGCGAGAGUCCCCUUGAUUCCAAAAUCGAUGUAAACAUGAGUGGAGACGAAAAUAAAACUGUGAAUGAAUCUUAUCAGGACAAUGUCGAUUCUUCCAAUACGGAAGCCACGGAGAGGAACCCUCUGGAAUUAACCGAUGAAAAACCUUUUGUUUUCGAGGAUGAAUCCGAAUGUCCUGUUCUCAAGUAUGAGCGGGUCUCCAUAUCAGGAAGUGAAGAGGACAUUAAACUGUGCACAGAUCUGGCUGAGGAACCAGGCACAAACAAUCUUCCAAAUGGCUUAAAUGGUCAUGAUGAAACUAAAGACGACAAUGUCGUCCACAACGGUCUAUCUGAAAGUGAGGCGAAGGACGUGGUUAUGGAAGACCUGCAGGAGCCUGUGGCGGUGUCGGAUCAGAUCCAAAAUGAAGAAGAAGAAUGUGAUGAAGAUCAGGUGUGUUGUAUGUGUGGAGGUCCGGUGGCCAAAAGCUCAACGGAGGACGGUUAUAAUUCAGACUCGAGACAUGAGUGGGAAGCAGGUGAAAGCUGUAAACACAUACUAAAUCAACAGAAAAAUAAGCUGAAUGGAACUUUAAGUGAUUUUGGGAGUGACUCGAGAGAGACUAAUAGUAUUAGCAACAAUCUCCUUAGUGAAGGUAGAAGAAAGUCGGAAAGUGGGUCAGACGGCGUGAGGGACCCAGAGGUUUCCCACAAUGCAAAUGGUGAGAGCCAAGCUCCGGUUUCAGAAAACAAGAAGCCUGGGGAAGCCAAGAAUAACAGACCGGUAUCAGUACUUCCCCGUGAUGAUGUGGACCAUGAUGUUCCUCUCCGGGAGGGGGACGGACGACAGUCGGUCGCAGGUCAGUCACCUGGCGGGAAAAGCGAGACUGAGCAGGUCAUGGGUGUCCGCGGGUACCCUGAAAGACGUCCGGCGGAGCUACGUUUGUCUCUCAGCAUGACUCCUCUUCAGCCCGCACCUCCUCAGCGUUCACUGACAGAGUCGGAUACAGACACCGAAGAUGCUUCAGAGGGCCACGGCGAGGGAUUGAAGACGAGAAAGCCAAAAGCUGGAUCCGCACAUAUCCAGGAGCAAAACCCCUUUGACAGGCACCCUGGAGAAUGGGGCGCGGUGGAACCCGAAUCGCCAGCUGAGCAUCGUGAGCUCAUUAAGACGGAUACAGACCUGACCAGUGCUGGUGCCAGAGAAAACACUGUGACCCCAAGGGAUGGAGCAGACGCAAGCCAACCUUUGACUACAAUACACUUAAGGAAAACUGUUGAAACCAGCGAAUCAAAGGGACAAAUUGCAAGGACCAUUGACAGUGCCAUCAUAAAUGAGAGCUUGGAGAGCAAGACAGCAGCGACUCCAGCAACCACAUCUGAUACAGCCUGGUCUGAUAUCUACAUCCUAUUGGUUGCUUGGCUCCUCAUAUACUGCAUCUUUGUCCUGCCUCAGAUGGACUCGCGGACACUUCCCAAACUCUUUUUUAACACAGACGAAUGAUCGUAACUUCCUCGCACCGACACCUCUGAUCGUGAUUCUCAUUUGAUCAGGUUCCUAACAGAAACCGGGAGCUCUGACCACAGGUUAGCUUUUUAAAAGACAGGACACAACAUCGAUUUAUUUUGUUGCCUUUUAUUUCAUUUUUUUAUACCUGCACAUGAAGACUAAUGGAAAGUGUUUUCUUUCUGCUCGAAUGUUAUUGGUCAUCGGUUAACUUUUACUGGGUAACCUUUGGAUCUGUGUCAACCGUGCCUGACUUGAGGUGCACAUGCUACGUAGAUUAUUUAUAAUGCUUCUGAAGAACAUGCCUUUUGGCUUUUAUGUUGUGUGGGCUCACAUUAUAUGAUGAAAAACAAUUGUUUGUAAAAACAAGUGAAGGUUCUUUGUAUGCUUUAAAGCUAUUAAGCUAUAAUUUUUUUGGAAUGUAUUUUAACAAGUGAACGCAUCGGUCACGCCCCUUUUAUUAAAUCACAUGCGUUAUCUAGUUUUUUCGGCACAAAUAUACGUUGAGAUGAUAUUCCACAAAGUGAAAUUUUUUUAUAAGAUGAGGCCAGGGUGUUUAUGGUACAUAUCGGUUGAAUAGAAAAACCUCUAUUGGGCUUUCUAAGUUACAUUAGAAAGCUUUUUAUGGCUUCAGACGCACUUUUGACAUUUUAAGAGAAGAACUGCCAAAGAUUCAGAGAAGGAAACUGAAAACUACCCCCAACACAGAAAAGAAAUGAUUUAAUUAGUCUAUUCCUUCAACAAUACACACUGAUCGUAUAUACAGUAUGUUAUGCAUUUUACGAAAUGCGAGAGCACACAUCUUGAACAUCUUUUGUUUAUUUACACAUUUAUAAAGACAAUAUAUUGACUGAAUUUAAUAUUUUUGGACACUGACAUUGUCAGUAAUGUUUUAGGUCUCUAGACUGACGUAAAUCCUAUAUGACAGAGUUUAAUCUAAGCCUGCGGGACCUCUUAUGUCUUAAAAACAUGUUUUCCCUUUUAUUUUCAUAAAAGAGUAUAAUCCUGAAAUCAACACAGUGGCUGCUAGUGGCAUGAUCUCGGCGAGUUACACUGAACUCAGAACAGAGACUGUUGUAACGCAUCCUAAACAUUCACAGCCUGCAACAUACAUCCAACACUGCACAUAAGCCAAACGUUAGACUGCAAGUCUGCAUGAGAAAGUACAUGGGAAAUAACUUGUGUCUUUAACAUUUUAAAAGUCACCAAGUGAAUUUCUGUCCUGCUUUUGUAAUGGAGAUUAUUCAUGUUAAAUGCACUGGAGUGCAAUAAAUGAUAUAUCCUUUU